ACGCCCACAAUGCCGCCAACGCUACCACCCGUGAACCCGAACCAGACUGCUGCGGGCAUCGCGGUCGAUCCACAGACCCUCGAGCGCGUCAUCCCCGAAUCUAAACGUCCCGAUGGCUCAGUCCGCAAACAAAUCAAGAUACGGCCGGGGUUCACGCCGCAGGAAGACGUACGCCGCUUUCGGGGCACAAAACAAACGCAACACGACGCGAACCAGUUGCCUAAGGGUCAUAUCAUUGGCUGGGCCCCGCCACCCUCAUCAGACAAAGCGGGCUCGGAUAGCGCAAAGCCGAUGAGCAAGAGUGCAAAGAAAAACGCGAAACGGAGGGAAAACAAGAAGAAAGACGCGGAGGUGGCGGAUAAUUGGGACGAUGAUGAUGAUGAUACCCCGGAUGCGACAUCCAAAGCUUCAACAGCGAAAUCGAAUUCUAGUCCCGGUGUUGCUCAUACCCCAGAGAAACCGAAUUGGGCCGCCGCGCCAGAGCCGGACGAGUUGAGCGCUGAGAUCGACAAGCUCAAAGUCAAGUAG